AUGUGUGCCUCAUUAAGUUUUGAAGAUUAUAAUCUUGGGCCACGCACAAGUAAAAAUGUCAGUAAAUUUACUAAGAAAGCUUAUCAAAGCAUUCAGCUGAUAAGGGAAUUACUUCCAAUGCCUCCUUCCAAGUCUGAUUUAGAAGACAUUGAUUUGACUGAAGAAAUCAGCAGUGAUACUCAAGCUCAAGCUCUGAACCUGAGGAAAUUUCAUGAUGACUUGAAAUAUAUUGAAAAAAUUUUCAUCAACCUUGCUUGCGAAUUAGAAAGCUCUUGUAGUUUUAACAGCCUUCAAGAAUUCAUUCAAAAUGAAAAGGCAGAACAAAAGAAAAAGGCAGACUUCAUAGCUAUGUUUCAUGGACAGAAGUGGAAAGCAAAACACUUUGAAAAGAGUAACAGAAUACGAGGUCUUCAAAGAGAACUCCGAAGUGUCCGGCAAGACACAGUAAAACAGAUUCAAGCCAAAGAUGAAGAGAUUGCUUAUCUGACAAAAGCUGUUGACGAUGCUAAGCGAUUGAAUCCCAAGAGAGAAGAAUUUGAGAAGAAGUUGGCAAAAGUUCAGAUAGAAAAUCUUCAGUUUGUGAUUGAGCAGGAAAUGAAAGAUAUAUGUAGUAAGAAUGCCAAAGUGGGAAGAGAAAUCCCUCAGGAGAUAAGGGUGCAUGAUGCACUGAUGACGUUCCUGAAGGAGAGUUGUGCAAAGCUAGAGGCCAGAAUACUAGAAUGGGAAAAGAAGUUUGAAACUGAUACUCAGGAAAAGAGGCAGGAAGUGGCUGUGUGGCAAGCAGAAGUCCAGACCAAAAAGACUGACCUGGAGAACCUGGAUGAAAGAUAUGAGAGUUUCAGGAAGGUUGUGAUGGAGUAUGAAGCAGCAAGAGAUAAAUUGAAGGGGGGCCCGUAG